AUGCCGGUGAUGACGCACCGGGGGCGGACCCAUAGGGAGCCCACUCGAGUACUGGACCGUUUCGGUCUUCUCACGUCGACUCGACUCCUCACGCAGUCACGCCACGACUCGACUCCUCGCCCCGACGCCUCGGUUCCUCACGCCGCUGCCGCCGGUUUACGGGGCUACGGGCGACCCCUCUCGUCCCCAAGGCCGCCCGUCGCCGUCACCAUCUCCUACGAGGCGCAGGCACGACUCCGCGACCCCAUCUACGGCUGCGUCGCCCACAUCUUCGUGCUCCAGCACAGUUGCUUCGCCCUCGAUCUCCAUUCCUCCGUUGGUGCUGCUGCUGGUGCUGGGGUGUGGUAUCUGAUUGGUUGCGGUGGUUCUGAUGCAGAGCUCAGCGUGGAGGACAAGGCCAACCUCGUGGCGUCGAUCAAGAACACGUUGCAGGGAUUGGCGUCGCGACAUAUGGACGUGCUCGAGAGCCUCGAGCUCAAGGUCAGGAAGCGUGUUGAGAAGCUGAGAGAAAUCCAGGUAUAAGAUGCUUCCGCUCUUGUGGUGCGAUACUGUUGUUUUUGUGAUGGUUUCAGUGAUUUGGGCAUGCUUUGGUAGGAAGCUUUGUGUAAUCCUGUAUCAUUAUUUGUGUCUACUUAAGUAUGCACUCUAUGAUUGUGUUGAUACUUGUUGAAAUCGGUACGGCUUGGUGUGCACUAAUACCAUAAAUUCCAACCCUAAGUAGAGCAAAGACUGUUGAAUAUUAGGUUGCACGGUUGUUUACAACUUGUGCUUACUGGCUUGCUUUUGAUUGUUACUGGAGAAAUGCCAGCAACUGUGAAUGUAUGUGCCACUUCACGGCUCAUUCACUAGAUAGUAUUUAUGAAUGUUUAGUUGUCUACUCUAGAUUUUUUGGCUGUGAUGACUGUUAAACCUUUAGCUCCUGAACUCAAAGUGGGACAUGGGGAUUCUGUAGGAGAAUUUGUGAAAUAGUAUGAUACCUAUACAUUUUCACCUUUUAAAUCUGAACAUCCGAAAACUUCCAUGUCUUAACUUGAAGCUUUGUUCCUUGAUCUGUCGAUGGCUCUCUCAUUAUGCUUAUGUGGUUGGAUUUAUCUUGUUUUAUUUUGCACCAAAUAUCUCUACCUUCUUGCAGUCAUGCAGCUCUAUCACCAAUCGGUUUAUCAUUUGAUUGCCUGUAUUAUAGUAAUCAUUUAAGGUGUGCAAUUUGAAUUUGACUUUUGGGAUGUUAUGAUUAUAUCUUCCACUUAUGUAAGACCUUAUGUUAUGUUUGAACUAUU